GCGGCGGGAGUUCGGAGCCUUCGUCGGCGGCGGCCGCGGCGGCAGCGGCGGCAGCGGCGGCGCAGGACGCCAGCGGCAUCCGUCGCUACCGGACGGCCUUCAGCCGAGAGCAACUGGCCCGGCUGGAGAAGGAGUUCUGCAGGGAGAACUACGUGUCCAGGCCACGGAGGUGCGAGCUGGCCGCCUCGCUCAACCUGCCGGAGAGCACCAUCAAGGUGUGGUUCCAGAACCGACGCAUGAAGGACAAGCGACAGCGCAUGGCCCUGGCCUGGCCGUAUGCGGACCCGCACUUCGCCGCCUACAUGCUCAACGCGGCCGCGGCGGCCGCAGCCUCCGGUGCGGGCGCGUACGCCUACCCGCUGCCGGCCGGCGCCGCCGUGCCCUUCCCGUACUACACGGCAGCCGCCCUGUCCUCCCUGGGGCGGUACCACCCGUACACCGCCGCUCCGCCGCCACGACCGCCGUCGCCAUCGUUGCUGGUGUCCGCGAGCCCCUUCGCCAGGAUUCCUGGGGAGCCGUCGCAGAGUCCCUGUGCCUGCCCCUAUGUGGGCUACCCCACCAGCGCUCCGCUGCCCGCCACGAACACCCUCCAGGCGGCCAGGUCACCUCACUCCAGGGGAUCCACGGAGCCCAUCACAGCGAGCUUGGAGACGACAAAACCCAGUCUGUUCCGGCCCUUCAAAACGGACGCUGAGAAAGCCUGACUGACCUCGUAACUGGUGUCUAGUCGAAAUAGCUUGAGAACAUGAUGACUCGAUCGAGAGGUGCGCGGUGACGCGAUGCGUGCUGGUUCUGACCCCUUAACCGUGGGUUCGUGGGAAGGCAGCUGCUGUGCGGCGUUCGUCAGCCGAGAUUGAUGCUGGUGGUGAACGACGUCCUUGCUUCAGACAGCCAGCCAGCCAAGACGUAUCUUCAACGACGGUGAUAGGAAGGUGGACCUCAAGAGCCCCACUACCAGGGCACUGGUGCAUGAGACUUCACACGACCCCUGUUUUGGCAUCGGACAUCGAUCGUCUUCUAUAUGAACAGAAAUCGGCAGCGUCGGUUGGACGUCUUCAAAACGAAUGACCGUGCUGGAAGCGUCACCUGCUGGUCGAGAUGCGUCACAGAGGCAUCCUCUGCCCGAGUGCUGGACGUGCUGUGUAUCGUGUCGUUGUAAACAAUGUGUACCUGUGAACUGAAUUUCAACUGCUGGAAACAGUUGUCACAGCGUUAGGACAAAGUGAUCUUCGAUAUUGUUCGCGAAUCCAGGAAAGCCCUCGUGCCCGUCUUCGUGGUAACUGGCUGAACUAUAAAAAAAAUGAAAACUGCAA